CCGGAGGUCCUGCGGGGGUCCUACGGGCUGAAGGCGGACGUGUACGCCCUGGGGAUGACGAUCUUGCAGAUCACGACGCUCAAGAAGCCGUACGGGCGGAUGAAGUCGGUGAGCGAGCUGUACUUCGAGGUGUUGAGCGGCUCGCGUCCGGAGGAGUUGCAAUUCGUUCGGAACCGAAACCUGCGGGCCCUCAUCGAGGCCUGCAUAGGCCCGGAGGAGGAUCGUCCUUCCGCUAGGGGUCUCCUCUGCUUGGAGUUCUUUCAGGAGACGGGAGGGGACGUCGAGACGGUGGAAGACCUCGUUGCGACGCCUUCGGCCAACUUCGGUCGUUUCAAGGGUGCCAUCGAGCGCUUCUGCUUGCUCAACGAGAUUCUCACCGUCCGCAACAACUGCUCGACGGAGGUGACGUGGGCCAUCGAUGGCACGCGGGGGCUGCUAGAUGCGUCGCCUUCGAGAAUUUUAGCCCCCGGCGCCGAAUCGUCGCAGAUCGUCGUCCCCCAUGGAUGGGGCGGCCGGAUCUGGAACAACUCCACUCAGGAUCGAGUCAACACCCUCGCGGAAUUUUUCAUCGACGACUCGAACGACGACUUUUACGAUAUCAGCAUCGUGGACGGCUUCGACUCCGGCAUGCGCAUCGUGCCGUCCUCCGACAACUGCCCGACGAUCCAGUGCGCGUUCGACGUGGCGGCGUGCCCGGCCGAUCUGGUAGAGUACGACGGCGCCCCGUGCCUCAGCGCCUGCAGCAAGUACGCCGCGCCAGAAUUCUGCUGCACCGGGGACCACCGCACGCCCGAGACGUGCCCUGCGAACGAGCUCUCCCUCUACUUCAAGACGCUCUGCCCCGACGCCUACACCUACGCUUUCGACGACCCUACCUCCGUGCGGACGUGCGGAUCCGCGCCGUCUUACACCAUCACGAUGUGCCCAUGA